CGCGGCAACGGGACGCGGAGCCGGGCGGCGGCGGCGGCCGCGGGCGCCUCACGCCAUGUCCCAGAUCCUGUGCGAGUGGCUCAACCGGGACGUGAAGCUCUCCCGGCGCAUCGUUCCAGGAUCAUUUCCAGAAGAAUUUUCUACUGGCUACCUCCUAGGAGAACUUCUACACAAAUACGGUCUUCAGGAUGACUUUAAACAAUUUUCACAGAACAGAGGUGCAGAUGCCAAAAUUAACAAUUUUUCUCGCCUGGAACCCACACUUCACCUCCUUGGUGUGCAGUUUAAUGAGAAUAUGGCCCAAGACAUCAUGACAAGACAGCAUGGGGCUGCAACAAAGCUUUUAUAUGAAUUGUAUAUUGCUUUAGAAAAAAAGAAGAAGGCAAAGCUCUCUGGAGUAGCUGUGGGAGCAAUGAGACCUGCAGCAACUGCAAAGCUUACAUCUACUGAAAGUGGAAAUCAAGAGCAUUACAUAGGAAGGAGACAAAAUGAAAUAAUGGCCAGGAUUCAAACAGCUGUUAUACAGACUCAAAAACAACCAUCAAGACCCACCAUAAGAUCUUUUGAAGCCAAAAGAUUCUUAAAGAAGAAAAGGGAAGCAGAGAACGUAUACAAGGAGAUAGAAAAGUUUGAGAAAUCUAUGACAGGAAAAGUCUCUGCGGUACACGGCCAUGUGACUGGCAGUGAUAUGCAAGAAUUAUUGCAAACACAGAAGUUUCAAGAAGCAAGUCUAGAAACUAUACCAGAGACGAGAACUGAGCUGUUAAAUAUUUAUUCAGAUGAUGAAUAUAUAAGGAAAAUUCAAAAACGUGUACAGGAAGAUAGAUUCGCUAGAGAGCAACGAGCAAAGAGACGGCGAAAAAUGCUAGUGGAUCAGUUAGCAGCACAUGAGGCUCAAGAGAAGGUUUACCGGGAGGAGCAGCUCAUUUACAGACUAAUGAAACAAUCUCAGCAUGAGCGAAGGAUUGCUGCUCAACUCAUGCAUGUUCGGCAUGAAAAAGAGGUGCUAAGGCAAAACAGAAUUUUCAGGGAAAAGCAAUAUGAAGAAAGACGACAGAAGGACUUCCAGGAAGCUCUUGACAGAGAAGCGGCGCUUGCAAAACAAGAAACUAUUAAUAAUGAAGAGCAAAUAACCAGAGAAAGAGAAUACCAUGGGAAAAUUGCUGCAGAAAGAGCUCAGGCACGCUAUAAAAAGCAUUAUUCUAUGUGUUGGGAAAUGAUAGGCCAAAUCAUUGAUAUGUCGACAAAAGUAGGAGAAUAUCGUCAACUGACGAACAACCGUGUUCCACUAAAACUGAUGCUGGAUUGGAAGGAACUUUUUUUUAAAGGAAAACCAAUAUAUGAACAAGCCUCAAUUCAACCUUUGUCAGAUGAACCUAGCCCAGAACAACUUGUAGAGCUGAAUAAAAUGAGUCUGUUAGAUGAAAAAGAUUAUGGUGAAUACAAGAGUAUGACAGGGGAAUGGAGCCCAACUGAAGAGAACAGUGAAAAGAAACCUCCUCUUAAUAAUAACAUAUUGGGUCAUGUGCUUCGUAGACUGAUGGAAAUGUUCUAUCCUCCAAAACCCAAAUCUUCACGAGAAUUUCCAUCAUUUCCUAUCAAGGGAUGUGUUUUGGGAAAAAUGUUUAGUGGAAAAACUACCUGUGCAAAGUUUGUUGAAAAAGUUUGCAAUAUUCAGGUACUAUCUGUUGGUACUCUGGUUCAGGAGGCCAUUGAAGCUUUUCUUAAUAAUGAAAUGAAAAGUGAACCCAGCAUAAUUUCACAGGAAGCAGAGAGUUCUGCAGAGCAAAAUGAGUUUUCACAGGCCCAGGAGAACUUACUGAAUUCACCAACAAAUCUUCUAGAGGAGCUCCAAACUGAAUCCACAACAGAACUUACCACGGAACCUAUCUUAGACAAUUGUCCUGUUGAAAACGAUCCAUCCCAGGAUGAAAUCCAGGAAGAAUUAGAAUUGGAUAACAGUCAGGAUGGCCUAUCCAAGCUGUCUGUACGUGCCCAAUUUGGUGCUGCAUCACAGAAAUGGCUGAAGAACGGAAAAAGUGUUCCUGAUGAAUUACUAAUUGACAUCCUUUUGGAAGCCAUUACCCAAAUACCACCAGAGAAGGGGUGGAUUGUGGAGGGGUUUCCAAUGACAAUUAAUCAGGCAAAACUAUUUGAAAAAUCCUAUUCAGGGAUUGAUGUAGAAGCAAAAGAUCCAAUUUCUGAAAAGCUGUCCCUUGCUAUAGAUCCCAGAGCCCCUAACCAGCCUCCUCCUACCUCACCUGCAUUUGAUGUUUCUAUUUUAUUGGAUAUUUCAGACAGUCUGGUACUGAAACGUGCAGCUAACGUGAAGUUAAAUGAAAGAAAGGCGUCUCAGGCUGAACAGGGCAGCAAUCAAAAUUCAGAUGCCGAAAUCCUCGAAGAAAAGGUUGACUUGGCCAGGGAGCAGGUGCUACAUAGGAUUUCAGGCUUCCUAAAGACAUGGCCAAAAUUAGAGAAAUGGUUUUCAGUCCAUCAAAACAAUCUAGUGAAAGUAAAUGCAGAGAUGGAAGAAAGUCUUGUGUGUGAAACAGUGAAGGAAAUUAUAAUAGAAGAAAUUGUGAAAAAUCAGAAUAGAAGGUCUGCUGAAGAAAUACGACCAGAAGAAGAGAUUUUACCCAUUACAGAAGAAGAAGACGUUUUACCAGUUACAGAAGAACAGAUUUUACCAGUCACAGAUGAAGAAGAAAAGGAUUUACCUGUUAUAGAUCAGUCUUCUCCCUUGCCCGAGGCACCACCAAUGAUUGAACCAGGAUCAGAUGAAUGGAUUUAUGUAGAUGAACCACUUCCCCAGGAGAUAAUAGACUUUUUAGUACCUUAUUGGGAAAUGGUAGAAAAUACAUAUAUGAAUACGAUCAAAACUGUACUUAGAUGUCUAAGGGAUGAACAGUACACUAUAAUUCAUUACACAGCAGAUAUUAGAAAAAAAUUUAAAGAUUUUUUGAAACGUCCACAUCUUAAGCAGGAAUUUGUAUCUCAGUGGCAAGCAGAUUUUAAUUCAAUUGCUGAUGAGCUGCAAGAUGACGAGGAAACAAAAGCUGAAUUACACCAAAGGGUUACUGACCUAAGAGAUCUUCUCUGGGAUAUCUGUGACAUCAGAAGGGAAGAAGCAGAGCUGGAACGUACUGGUAUCAUGAAUGAAGAAUGGUUACCAGAUCGUAGGGGUAUUGCAAUGAACCAUUUCUUUACACUUAUGCAGGUUGAACUGGAUCGUUUCCAAGAUACAAAGAGACUACUUCAUGAUUAUUAUAGGGCAAUGGAAGGAAAAAUCCCAACAGAAGACACUCAAGAUUUCACUCGAAUCCCAUUGUUAGAUAUUAUUAAUGGAGAGCAGAAGGAAGAUCAAGAUGAACCAAGAAGGAUUCCUCUAGUUUCUUGGAAACCACCUUCACCAGGUAAUACAGAGUCAGAAAAGAGUGGAACUAAGAAGAAGAGUCUUAAGGAUAAUAGUUCUGAAAAUGGAGUGACCACUUGCAGGGAUGAUAAAAGUCUUGUUAUUGGUGCAUGGCAAACAGCAGUAACAGCAGUAUCAGAUAUGGUAACAGCUGAAAUAGAGUUUAGAGAAAUGGAGGAGGAAACAGAACGUCAGCUAAAACAGAAAUCUUCGAAAGCUGCACAGAAACAACCAGGCAACACAGCUGGGAAAGAUACCAAAGGUGCCAAAAACGCCUCUUCCAAAUCACCUCCUAAAAAAAAAGGUGCAAAAGCCGCUCCAGCUCCUAUAGACCCAGAAGAAUUAAGGAAAGAAGAACUGGCACUUAAAAUUAAGCAAGAAUAUUUCAGUGCCUUGAAACAUGAGGAGGCAGCCACAAAAUCUCGACUAGAACUUAUAAAAGAAAAAGCUUUAGCAUUUCUUGAGGAUCUAAAAUUUAAAGCAGAAGAGGCUUAUAAAGAUAUGGAAAAGUGGCUUGGAUCCACCUUCUUGGAGGAAAAAUCAAGUGUUGAAAAACUGGUAGAGGUUGCACGACAUCAUAUUGAGAGUUCUAGCAAAAUCCUAUAUGAAAUUACUUUAGAAGGAACAGAUUUCUUCAUCAAUAGCGAUGUAAAAAUGGUUCCUGACCCUGUUCCUGACCCUGAUCCUCCACCAGAAUUUCAACACAUAGAAACCUCUGGAGGCAGUACUCUAACUAUUUCACAACUUACUACACUUCAUAAGCAGUUUCUACAGCUGGCACCUAAAGGAAUCUAAAGUUUUAAAGAACUGCUGAUUCUUCACAGACAACUUUGUGCUGUCCUGCACACUUGGCUCUCCAUGGAAGCACAUUAUUCUCCAUUCUAAGCACCAACGGAAAAAAAAAAUAGCCUCUGCUGGGCCCUUCUACCUACUGAAAGUCUUUCGUUUGAGAAAAAAGUUUAUUUCUUGUUUUAUUAUUAUCCUAAGUUGCCCAAAGUCAACAUGAGUCUGCACUAAUUAAUUUCACUAACUCUUUGAUCAAGUUUUUUAACAGAGCUCUAAUAUAUUACCUUCAAAGUGCUUUUUCAUAGGAAGAGCUGUGACAACUCUUAAAUGGAGCUAAUAACAUUCACCUUUUUUGUUUUCUCUCUUACAGUCUUUUUGAAUGCAUGCUUUUCUUACCAAGAAAAUUUAAAUAUCCAUUAGAUCCCAUCCCCUUUGAUUCCCUUGAGCACUAUGAUCUUCUAUAACCACAUCUCUUUUCAUUUCAAUUAGCACAAAUAUGGAAUGUCUCAGUUUUCUUCUAAAGCUGUUUCAGAGAAUGCAACUUGGGUGUGGUUUUGCAUUACAAAGCAGAUCAAAGUAGAUUCUAUGCCAAAUUUGUUCUCUAUCUUAUGACUGAACCACACAAGAGCAUUUUAAUUUUUUUUCUUUUUCACAGGCAUGAUCCUUAUGAACCUUUGGUUUAUUUAUAGAAGUGAUUCUAUAAUUAGAUAGAACAGACACCAGGCAGGUUUAAAAAAUUCUAUAUCCAAUAACCAAAAAUGUUUAAAAUGCUUUUUUAUAAAACUGUCAAAUAGUCUGCUAAGAUGUAAACAUAAGGGACAACCAAUGCCCACAUUGCAUUGCUGAAUGUUUUCAAAUUGUGAACUUGUGAAUUGAAUUUUACUGUAUUGGCAGAUUUGGAGCAGACAGUUAUAUUAAAGUGUGCAUGUAGCUCAGCUGAAAUGUUACCUUUUCAAUGUAAUAUUUUAUUGAGUAAGGAUCAUUUGAUGACCCUGGAUAAUGUCUACAAAUUAUGCUUUCUUUCCCCAAGCACUGUUGUGGAAACAAUUGAAGAAUAGUAAUUGCCUGACUUCCAUGCAAAUAGAGACUGAAGUCCAUAUGAGAGCAUAGGAAUAGUUUCAUCAUCUCUAACUUAUAUCUUUUAAAGACUAUUUAUCUUCAAUGGGGUUUUUUAAGACUUGAAAAUAUGAAAGUUUUAAGUUUGUGGACAGAGGAAGUAUCUCUUUCUCACUGAAAACUUAGUAAUUCUCCCAAUACUUUAAUUUAUAUCUCCUGUUAUGUCUCUUACUAAGUCAUGUAGGUUAUUUAAUUUUAGAAAUUUGUGGAACAUAUUUUACAUGUUUGUAUAUGUUUAUGUACAUUUGAAUAUAUAUAAAUAAUUUUAAGAUUUCAGUCAGCAUGUCAGAGGACCUCACCCUUCACUACGUCUGUGCAGCAGCAAAAAUACCUUAAUUCUCAGUGCUUCCAAGUUUAAAAUCCCAAUUCCUGCUAUUUAAUAAAGAUUGGAUGUAUAGUAGCACCCGUAAUUGUUAGUGAAUAAAUUAUGCAAAUAUUUACAGUGAAAUUGACUGUAGGGAGUGAUGAGUCUAUCAACAACUUGGAUGAAAAGUAUCACAUUUUUGGGACUCCCAUCUUUUUCAUCUAAGGGUAGAAGUAUCCUAUAUAAUUGCCUUUUAGAGUCCUUAAGUUAAAAGAAUAUAAUUCCGCCCUCAGGGUUUAUUUCACUCAUUUAUCCUUAUAAAAUUGCUACAGAGUAUGGUGGGUAAGACUAAUUUGCAAGGGAUUAUUAUCUGAAGCUCUAGUCAGGAACUGCUAUGGAAACAUUUUUCUCUGUGAAAAUAGAAGGGAAUAUUAAUCUCUUCAAAUGUUUUGAUAAAAUUUGAUGAUGAGGGAAUAAAUGGUAACAUAAUUCUCAUCUCUAGUAUACGUUUACAAUCUCCUAAUAUUUUGUUGCCUGUGUAAGUGUAUAAUCUGAAUGUUUAAUAGAGAUUUACUACUUAAUCACUUUUUGGAAAUAUUUUUAUACAGUGCCUAUAGAAAAUAGGCACUCUACACUGUACGCUCUACUGACUGGUGUAUCAUUAAGAAAUACUUUCUUUUGUAUAUCUGCCUUAAUAACUGAGGCAUAGUGGUUGCUCUUUAAAUGUCACAGGUUCCAUUUAAAAUGUCAUCAUCCUGGUUCACAGGGUAGUGUAAACUUACACUGCUAUUCAUUAUGCUCCUUUUUAAAUGUUUUUUUGUGUUUUUGGUUUUUUUUCUGUUUUCAGUUUCACUAGUGGUCAUAAUCUUAAUAUCUUCACUAAAUAUUUUUUUGCUUUUUUUUUGAAGUUCUGCCCUGUUUAUUGAAAUAUAUGAAGGUUUUCCAGUCACUGAGUGUAUCAGGGAAUGAUACUGCCUUUUAAGAAGAUUUUAAUGAAAAAUAAUUCUACCUAAUGUAGCUUUUCCCACAUUGGUUUUGUUAUUGAUUUCAUUUGAUAACAAACUUAAUGUGAAGAAUUUUCUUCAUAAAUUGCUUCAUAUGUAGUACAGGCUGGCUUCCUUUUGUAUCCUCUGUUCUUUCCAUGGCAUCACUGCAACAGAUCCUACCUUUUCCUAUAUUCCCAGUUUCUCCAUGUCAAUUGAAAAAAAAAUGUCAGAAACACUGAAGGCCAAUCUUAUGGAGAAUAUUAUUCCUGAUGGUGGAUCACAGGUCUACUCUGAUCCCUGUUUCCCUAUUCACCAGCACAUUUCCAAAGAUUUACUUAUACCUAAAGAAGCAGGAGGCACCCUAGAGGUGUUGAAAUGUUUUUAUCCCUUCUACAGUUUUUAAUUCUCAAGUUGCAGGUCCAGUUUUCCAGCCCUCCACCUCUUUUUCACCUUACCUUGUGGUUUUGUGUCUGCCUAAUGAAGUUUUUUCAUCUUUAGGGUGUGUUAGGAAUAUUUCUCUUUCUCUUUUCAGUUCUGUUUAUGGCACUUGGGCACAUAUCAGAAAAACCUCCUGAGACAGUUCAUUUUGCUGCCCAUGUGGACCACAGCUGCUACCUCAGAUUUUAAGUUCUUUGCAAGAAUCAUUCACACUGGAAAUGUAUUUAAACUGCAUGUUCCUAACUUCUUUUUUUUUAAUAUUGUGGCCUUUCAGGAUGUGUAGAAUAGAAUGGAACAAACUGUCACUUUUUUUGACAAUGGGAACAAUCAGUUCUCACAAAUAAUAUAGUAUAUAUAUUUAAAAAAUUGCUCUUUCUUCUAAAGUAGAAAAGAGUGGCAUACAAAAACUCUUUUUCUCAAGAUGUUUUAAAGCACUAGAAAUAGCAUUUCUCUCUGUGAUUAGCUUAAUGUACUCAUUAAUUUUGCUUCUUGACGUACACAUCACAAUAAGGAGGGAGAGUCAGAUUUUAGGUCAUCUGCAGUGUGUUACUUUUGUUACGUCCCAGAGAACAAAUAGAUUUCCCAUUUUAUUGCUUCCAUCUUGCAUGCAUUUUCUCUUGCUUAUUUAUUGCUUUCUUUUUUAAGUCCUAAAAUUAUGGCAAUGGUAUACUAAAAGAAUCAUUAAAUUACUGGCCAAAAGUAGGCGAUAAAUGGGAUCUAGAAAUACAAUUUUUAAAACGUCAGCUUAUGGGGUUUGCUCCUACAAAAUACAAGGGUGACCAUCUUCAGAACAAUCUGGGGAAAGUUCAGAACAAUCUCAGUGCAUUAAGAAUGCAUAUGGAGUUCUGAAAGCAAUAAUAAUAUCAUUUGCAGGUAAACACAUUUUAAGAAGAUCAUGUCAGCUACUACAUAAGCAUCUUAGGCAUUCUGUGUCAGGUUUUUGAUUAUGUAUUUACAGACUUGCUCCAAGUUAACAUUUCUGCUAAUGCCAGGUAUGAUGGACAUUAUAAAAGUUUGUGACUUCAGCAGUAUUUUCUGAAGACGUUUUGCCUAAAAGACCGUUCUGAAUUCCUCUUCAUAACUAUGCUCUUCCCUGUUUCAAAAAUAGCAUUGAUCCUGCUGCACUUCAUCGGUUGCAUACUCUGACAAACUUCUAAUAGUCAAAAUCAAAUCUGACCAUUUCUUACCAGAAUCCUUGGUAGCCUUCAACUGAUUUAAGAGUAGGUCUGCUUUCCUUGUUCUCUUUCAUGGCUGUUCAUUUCAAGUCACUCUCUAGUCUCAAAUUAACAAGAUAAAAUGGACACAAAAAUAAAAGAUACAACUGAUAUUUUAUCAAAUAAAAAUUAUUUUAUAUUUAGUUGUUUCUUUUUAAAUUAUAGCCAUAAAAGCACUGAAGCAAUUUAAAAGCAAGACUAAUUCUUCUAGCAACAGAGAAGUUGGUGACAGAGGGGAAGAGAAGAAAGAUUUGGAACAUCAGAAAACAAAGAAGAAUCACCAGUUUCC